CGGAUAUCGAACUGUAUUUCAGUUCGCGUAGUGUGCAGUUUCUCUCUGCAGAUAAAUCAGCAAACUAACUUUGUUAUGGUUCACGGACGUGACUGUUUGUAGUUUAGAGGUUUUCGCUCGACAGUUUAGUGAACAGUUUCUAGCACUUUCCCGCGCCUGCCGUCACGCAGGUUGGUAGGCAUCAUGCCUCUUCGAGAUUCAGAAGGAAGAUUUUGUGGAACGCUCAAUCGCAAAGAAGUGGAUGGUCACUGGGAUCGUUACUACUUUGUUCUGGACGAGGACAAAUGUUUACUGCGAUACUUUUCUCCCUUCAAUGCUAAGGAAGAAUACUUGGAUUGGGAUGCUUAUGAAGGUGAAAUUAACAUCAGGCUCAUAACCAAGAUUGAGGACAAAUCAAAAACUGAGGACAAAUCAAAGUAUGAUGGAUCUAUAGAGAUUCAAACAUGUAAUGAGAGAUUUUAUGUACGGGCAGACACGAGAGAGGGUACUGAAGAAUGGAUAAGAACACUACGCAAAGCUGCUGUGAAUCCUUCUAAGAGAACGGAAGACUCCAUGGUUGGGAAAGAUAAAUUGGGAAAUCAUAGCACAGAGGCUGAUAAAGACAGUGCUCUGGAAAAACCAGAACGUGUUUGCUUUGAAACAAAAAUUAUUGGAGGAGCAGUGGUCAGGAUACCUGUCAGAAAGAUGACAGACUCAGACUGUGAUGGUGGAAGUUAUUCCAGUGAUUCACUCAUACGAUCAGGUUCUGCUGGUACCACCAGUACUAUUAAACUAAUUAAGCAAGGAUACUUGAUGAAAAAGGGAGCAGUGGUCAGGAACUGGAAAAAAAGAUACUUCAGGCUGGACAGUUUAAGACUUGCAUAUUAUGAAAAUGAUACUGAUAAGGAACCUAUCAAAGCGAUUCUUACAUCAGAAAUUACAGCUGUGAAACCAAAUUGUAGUGUGGAUAGCACUAGGAAACAUCUGUUUGAGGUGGUAACGCAGUCUCGAACAUUUUUUAUUCAGGGAGAAACAGAAGAAGAAAUGCAAUCUUGGAUUCGUGCUAUUGCCAGUGUAUCUCCCAGAGGAAGGUCUUCAAGUGAACCGGAUUCUAAAAGAAGUCAAGAAUUGCUAAAGGCAAACUUCCAGUAUGCAGAAACCACCACUCUUUAAUAGCAGAUUUAAGUUAGUGUAGCCAGGUCACACUUUUUUAUGUGUUUAUGUUCAACAAAAGUAGUGUGACCUAGUCUAAAAUCACGCUGUUAGUAAUCUUUCAGGACCAACAGGAUGCCACCAGGUUACUAUCAGCUGGAUUUUGUCCGAGUUGUUCACUAUCACAAAACCCCAAACAUAUAAGGAUUGGGCAAUAUAUUGGUGCUCAUACUUGAAGUAGAAGACCAUCAGUUUCCUCAUCAUUUUGUGCACAAACACACUGAAAUAAAUCACACAUGUAAACCAACAAAAUCAAAUUAUCAAUUUGGCAUUUUUAUGGUGCAAAUCAAAAGCCGGAGCACUAAUGAAUUAUUUGUACAUGUAUCACCAUCGAAAAGGAAGGACAAUAGACUCAAAAGAAGGAUAAGGAAGGUGAUUGAAAUUCAGUGCUCCCCAACCCUCAAUUGAGACUGAGGUUUUGAAUUUCCAGUCCUGGCAUUUUUCAUGUGACUUCAGUCAUCAAAGACCAUGUGACACUUUUCGUUAUUUACUUGAGAAAGACAAGUGCUGUGACAGCUCCAAAAGUUUUUCAGUGGUGAUUUUGGUUCUACAAUAAGCAACUCUAUCUUAGUAUGAUUUCAACAGAAUUGGGAAGCAACAGUUUAGCUCGUUUAGAACAUUGUGUCAAGGAAACCAAACAGAUGUGAGGUAAAUAAACCAGAAGCCCUAAAUGGUAAUAAUUUAUGCCAGUGGUUUGAUCUAUCAUCUGAUUGGCCGUGACUCAAUAAACAUGUUAAAGUCACAUACAAGGAUUCAAGCAUUUUGGAUUUGCACAGGAGCAAAUAAAAUUGUUUCCUAAGAUAGGUGCAUUAAGAGGUUCAGUUGUACAUGUAACUACAUAAGUUAUAAUAAAAAUGCUCAGGAAAAAUAUUUUAGUUUUGUAGAAAUUUCUAUUUUUAAUAAGGGAUUACUGUGUAAAAAAAAUACAAAUUUCAGUUGCAAAAAACUGCAUUCUACUAGUAUGCAAACAAGGCAUAGGUAUAUCCAUUGCCAUUUCAAACCUAUGUUUACUUAGUGAGAUGGAAACAUACUUUUUGGAGGUUUCCAAGAUGUUUUAUGCAAAAA